UUCAUAAUAAUAUAGAAACGCUACUUCUCGAACACGCACUGCUGGUGUUGUUAUCAACUUAUCGCCACCGUUAUUGUUUUCGCCUGCUUAUCACAAUUUGAAAUGGAUUGUGCCGAUUAUACCAAUUAAAAUAUUUUAUUUUUAUAAAGGUAGGUAUUUACAUUAGUUUUCUUUGUGAUUAUACUUAGUACUUAUUAAUUUAUCGACUAACGACAAAUACCUACAACAUGGCAUAACCGUUACUCGUUGAUUUUUAGUUUUUAAUAUAUUUUCUUACAACUAAAAUGAAACGUAAAGAAAGAUUUGGUCCAAUGGACACAUUUAUUCAAAAAAAGAUCAACAGUAUUUCAACUGCUUCAAGUACACCAAUUGUUCCUGACGUUCCUGUAUGCGAAAAUAAUUCUGUUAUUGACGACAAUAUUAAUUGUAUUACACAAAGUACUAAUGAUGAUAUUUUAGAAAAUAAUCAGACAUAUUAUGAUAAAUUGGACAUUGGUAAUUUUAUUGAUAAGAAUAAUGAAAUGAGUAAUUAUACAAAAUAUUCCAUUAUCAAACGUUGUAAUGUUCCUAAAGAUUUUACCUAUCCAUUUUCACUACAUUUGAAACAAGGCAAACAAGAAAAACGUUUUUUAAGACCAAAUCAUUUUGAAAAAUAUCCUUGGCUUGAGUACUCACAUGUAAAGUCUGGAUUAUUUUGUAAAUACUGUGUAAUAUUUUUAGUAUCAACAAAAAGUGGUAGAAGAAAUACUGAGCAACUGAAAAACCUUGUUACUGAACCAUUAAAAAGUUUUGCAAAAUUAACUGGUAAAGAUGGUUAUUUGACAGGUUUGCUAAGGAGAAGAAAAGAUGUAUUGAUAUGAUUUUAUAAACGAACCAGUAAAAAUAAAUUACUUUUAUUUAUU